AUGACAACGGAAUCGCCAUUUAAAUCGAAUAUUUUGGAAAAACAAGUUGCACUUGUUACAGGAGGUUCGAGUGGAAUUGGUUUAGAAAUCUGUCGACAUUUGGGUAAACAUGGGUGCAGCGUUGUGAUGAUGGGACGACGGGCAGAAAUGCUUCGAUUAGCUGAGAAAAGUUUAGCAGAAGAAGGUAUUCGAGCAACAGGGGUUCAAGGCGAUGUUCGCAUACCUGAAGACGGUGUUAACGCCGUGAAAUCGGCUGUAGACAAAUACGGUCGACUAGAUGUUUUAAUUAACGGUGCAGCGGGAAAUUUCCUGUGUGCUGCAGAAAACCUCUCUCCAAAAGGUUUCAAAACAGUUAUGGAUAUUGACACACAAGGGACCUUCAAUAUGUGUCACGCAGCUUUUCCUGAAUUGCGCAAGAGUCCAAAUGCAAAUAUAAUUAAUAUUAGUGCAACUUUUCAUUAUGCUGCAAUGUGGUAUCAAACUCAUGUUUGUGCGGCUAAAGCAGCAAUCGAUGCCCUGACACGAUCAUUGGCUCUCGAAUGGGGCGAAUAUGGUAUUCGUGUCAAUGGUGUUGCACCAGGACCUGUUGCAGACACGGCUGGCUUUUCCAAAUUAGGUGGAUCGUUAUUAGAUGCGGAUAAUCCUGAUAAUCCGUUAGUAGCAUCCAUUCCUUUGAAACGAAUCGGCACAAAAUGGGAUGUUGCUAUGUCUGUCCUUUAUCUUUGUUCGACAGCUGGUCAAAACAUAACUGGAAGUAUAUUGGUUAAUGACGGUGGCAACUGGCUGCACAAGCCUCAGAUUCUCGAUCGUGAAACAGUACAAAGUUAUUCUCGUUCUAUUGAAAAGAAAAGUCGCCAAGAAGGUAUUGCAACAACUUCCAAACUGUAA